AUGAAGCACCAAAAAAUACUCCCAAUGUUCCUCUCAUAUGUGUUGAUACUUAUAGCUAUCCUACUCCUUUCAACAACAUGGACCCUUGCACAAGAAGUUGAGGAUGAGACUGAAUUUGAUUAUAUAAAUGGGAGCAAAAAGGGACCUUUACAUUGGGGUGAACUAAAGAAGGAAUGGGCAACAUGUAAAAAUGGGAUAAUGCAAUCUCCAAUUGAUAUGGCAGAUCACAAAGUGAGAAUAGUUACAAAGUUGGGAAAAUUAAAAAAGAAUUAUAAGCCUCAUAAUGCUACAUUAAAAAAUAGAGGUCAUGAUAUUCAGGUGAAAUGGGAGGGAGAUGCAGGAUCAAUAAAUAUUAAUGGGACUGAAUUUUUUCUACAUCAAGCCCAUUGGCAUUCACCUUCUGAACAUACCAUCAAUGGUAGAAGGUUUGCCAUGGAGGUACACAUGGUUCAUGAAAGUUCAAAAAGAAAAGGGAAAAGCAAGAUAGCUGUUGUUGGGCUUUUAUAUAAGAUUGGUCGACCAGAUCCUCUUCUUGCCAAGUUGUCAAAAUACAUAAAAUCUUUGGUGGAUACCGAAGGAGAGAGGAGUAUUGGAGUGAUUAAUCCCUCCAAUAUAAAGUUUGGUGGAAAGAAAUAUUACAGAUAUAUUGGUUCUCUCACUAUCCCUCCUUGCACUGAAGGUGUCAUUUGGACUAUUAACAAAAAGAUAAGAAGUGUGUCAAGAGCACAAAUGAAAUUAUUUAGAGAAGCUGUCCAUGAUCAUGCAAAGAGGAAUGCAAGACCUAUACAACUCUUAAAUAAAAGAGAGAUACACCUCUAUGGAUAA